AUGGCAAACGAUACAGACAUCCUUCAUUAUUUAUGGAAUGGGAAGUUAGCUGUAUGCUUUCAAUUAGAUGAACAAGAAAUUCAUGGUAUACAAAAUCCAGAGCCGUUUUACUUGAUGGUACCUAGGAUGAGUUACUUUCCAUUGGUCUGUGAUAAAGUAAAAAAACAUUUUGUGAAACAUGUGGAUCCUGAAAAACAAGAAAUGGAAAUGUGGUUAGAAUUUAAGAAUAUUCCAUUAAAAUGGAAUUAUCCUAUUGGUGUUCUAUAUGAUCUCUUUACAAUCGAUAAUAAACAAGUUGAUUUACCAUGGCAAAUAACUGUUCACUUUGAUAAUUUUCCUGAAGAUCAACUAUUACGAUGCUCAUGCCGAGAAUCUGUAGAAUCUAAUUUUAUGUCAUCUAUGAAAGAAGCUGAUAUGUUAAAACACAGAAGUCAAGUAUUUUCAACUAUGCAGCGACAUCAGCACAAUCAAUUAUGGACUGGACUACUUAAUGACAAAUUCGAUCAGUUUUGGUCAGAGAAUAAAAAACUAAUGGAACCAUCUGAAGGAAGUCAUUUCAAACACAUACCUGUUCAUUUUUAUCGAUCAGGAUCAUCAGUUAUGACACAAACACUAGUUAAGCCAGUUUCAGAUGAUGGAAAUCAUUUAACUUUGGGAGAACUGAUAAAACUGAAUUAUCCAUCGGUAGAUAACCCUAAAGUAUUUACUCAUGGCAUAUGUAUACCUCAUGAAACGCCAGUUCAAUGGAUGAGUGAACACAUGAGUUACCUUGAUAAUUUUUUACAUUUAGUUGUUAUCUAAUAAAUAUAAGAACAAUUAAUAUAAUAAUAUAUUAUAUUA